AUACGUCACUUCCGACUUCUCCUCUACUUCCUGCAUGUGCCGGUAAUAUGGCAGCGCCCGUUGCGAUUCACUUGGAAUUUGGUGGUGGAGCAGAGCUGCUUUUUAAUGGUGUAAAGGAACAUCAUGUGACCCUUCCAAGCCAAUCCGAACCUUGGGAUGUGAAACAGCUGCUGGUCUGGAUCCAACGGAACCUGCUGAAGGAACGGCCCGAGCUCUUUGUCCAGGGGGACUCUGUGAGACCUGGGAUCCUGGUGCUUAUCAAUGAUGCAGACUGGGAGCUAAUGGGGGAGCUGGACUACCAACUACAAGACCAGGACAACAUUGUGUUUAUUUCUACUCUUCAUGGAGGAUAGCGAAUGAAUGAGAGCUACAAACCUAUUCUUGACACCUCUGUAAGAGCCUCUUCUUCACAUCAACUGCACUCACUCUCAACUUACCCGUGCAAACCCCCAAGCCCACUUCCCAACAACACGCCACCCCAUUGGACGCGCUGGAUGUGUUAUACUGCACCGACCGUGAUUGAUGUCAGUCCGCAGGAAUGAGUGGACAUUCAGAGAUGUGGAAAUGUGAAUUCUAGAGACGUUUGCGUAACAUUUGUUUUACAAUCAGCUUGGACAGGUGUAAAGGGAAGCUUCACAUGAUGCUUUGGUUGUACUGGCCAGCUCACAAGUGCGAGUCAACAUACCUUCAGAUGGUGUUUAAACCUUCAUCUCCCUUCAUCCUCUCUCCAGACCAAAUGGCAUCAUCUCAGGACUUAGGGCCUACUACCUACAGUCCAUGAGAGCAAUAUAGAAACGUUUAACAAUCUGUUAAACACACUGUAAUGGAUUGUAAGCAUUUAUAAGGACUUUUUAAGGGUUUAAUAAUGUUGUCUACAAAUAUAACUUCCCCUA